AUGACAGGAAAAGCCACCUCUGAAGCCCCCACCUGUGGUCCAGAGGAGUCAGCUUCUGAACCUGCCAAGGUGCCUACCCCAGAGGCCUCCGGAGAAGUGGCAGCACCAGAGCCCCCUGGGGAGGGGCAGGCUCCCCAGCCACAGGAGCCUAUCCCUGAGGCACCUGCCCCAGCUGCCCCCAUGGCUACUAAGCCUGCACCCCCAAGCGAAGAUGUCCCCAGUGCCCCACUGUUGCUGACCUUGGAAGAUGUGAGCAACAGCUCAGUGACUGUGAGCUGGGAGCCCCCGGAGAGGCUUGGGAGGCUUGGGCUGCAGGGCUACAUAUUGGAGCUCUGCCGAGAGGGAGCCUCAGAGUGGGUGCCUGUGAAUGACCGGCCCAUGAUGGUGACCCAGCAGACCAUGCGAAACCUUGCUCUGGGAGACAAGUUCUUCCUGCGUGUGGCCGCGGUCAGCUCUGUAGGGGCCGGCCCACCAGCUGUGUUGGACCAGCCUGUCCACAUCCAAGAGAUCAUCGAGCCCCCCAAGAUCCGUGUCCCCCGCCACCUUCGUCAGACCUACAUCCGCCAAGUGGGAGAGUCAGUCAACCUGCAAAUCCCCUUUCAGGCAAAGUCUAGGCCUCAGGCCUCAUGGACCUACAAUGGCCAGGCCUUGAACAGCCAACAGACAAGCGUGCGCACGGGGGACCAGGACUCCAUCCUCUUCAUCCGCAAGGCCCAGCGCUCAGACUCAGGCCGCUAUGAGCUCACCUUACAGCUGGAAGGCCUGGAGGCCAAGGCAGCCAUUGACAUCCUGGUGAUCGAGAAACCUGGCCCCCCCAGCAGCAUCAAGCUACUGGAUGUCUGGGGCUGCAACGCUUCCCUUGAGUGGACACCACCCCAGGACACAGGCAACACAGAGCUCCUGGGCUACACUGUGCAGAAGGCAGACAAAAAGACAGGGCAAUGGUUCACGGUGCUGGAGCGCUACCACCCGACAACCUGCACCAUCUCCAACCUCAUUGUCGGCAACGCGUACUCCUUCCGGGUCUUUGCUGAAAACCAAUGUGGACUCAGUGCCUCGGCCGCGGUCACCAAGGAGCUCGCCCACGUCCGGAAGGCAGAUAUUGCUGCCAAAUCUAAAGGGUUUAUUGAGCGAGAUUUUUCAGAAGCCCCCUCGUUCACCCAGCCCCUGGCUGACCACACCUCUACCCCUGGCUACAGCACUCAGCUGUUCUGCAGUGUCCGAGCAUCACCCAAGCCCAAGAUCAUCUGGAUGAAAAACAAGAUGGAUAUCCAGGGGGACCCCAAAUACCGUGCCCUCUCUGAGCAAGGCGUCUGUACCCUGGAGAUCCGCAAGCCCAGCCCCUUUGAUUCGGGUGUUUACACUUGUAAGGCCAUCAAUGUGCUGGGGGAAGCAUCUGUGGACUGCCGGCUGGAGGUCAAAGAUGCUGUAGGCCUGAGGGGCCCAGACUUCAAGGCCCAGAAUCAGACUCCACAGAUGCCCCUUUCCACAGUGAUGACUAAUGGAACCUCUACCAGCCUGGCCUCCAUCACCCAUAGGCUGGAGCCCCAUGCCCAGGGAUGA